CUUGUCCCUGGUUCCGUCUCUUAUCUCCACAGUCCGUGUCUCUCUGUGUGGAGACAGGAGCUCAUCUACCUGCAGACCAGUACAGAUGAACACACCACCGCUCACCAUGUUCACGGUUCUUUCCCUGCUUCUACUGGCGGGAGCACACAGCGCGACGGCUCGGAUUCACUCUCUGAAGUUUUUCGAAACUGCGUCGUCUCAAGUCCCAAACCUUCCAGAGUUUGUGGCUGUUGAUUUGAUUGAUGACGUUCAGAUCGAACACUAUGACAGCAACACAAAGAAAUCAAAACCCAAACAGGACUGGAUGUUAAAGGCAAAUGAUGCAAAGUACUGGGAGAGGCAGACUCAGGUUGGUUUGGGUACACAGCAGGUCUUCAAAAACAACAUCGAAAUCGUAAAGGAACGCUUCAACCAAACUGGAGGUGUUCACAUUUACCAGAGGAUGUACGGAUGUGAAUGGGACGAUGAGACUGAAGAAGUUAAAGGUUUUGAGCAGCAUGGUUAUGAUGGAGAAGACUUCAUAUCAUGGGACCAUGAGACAGAGACGUGGAUCGCUCCAACACAACAGAGUGUCAUCACCAAACUGAAGUGGGAUCAGGAUAAAGCUCUACUCGCAUAUCUUAAGAACUUCUACCUCAAGGAGUGUCCUACCCGGCUGAAGAAGUUCCUGGUGCACGGGAGGAGCUCUCUGCUGAGAACAGAGCUUCCCAGGAUUUCUCUCCUCCAGAAGUCUCCCUCCUCUCCAGUCACCUGCCACGCUACAGGUUUCUUCCCUGACAGUGCUGUGUUGUUCUGGAGGAGAGACGGGGAGGAGCUUCAUGAGGACGUGUACCGUGGAGAGGUCCUCCCCAACCAUGAUGGAACCUUCCAGAUGAGCGCUGACCUGAAGGUUUCCUCCAUCUCCCCUGAAGACUGGAGGAGCUACGAGUGUGUGUUCCAGAUCGCUGGUGUGAAGGAGGACAUCGUCACCAGACUGGACAAAGACUCAGUCCAGUCCAACAGAGAGAAGCCCACUGACUGGACCACCACCACCAUCAUCAUCAUCAUCAUCAUCGCUGCAGUGGCUCUCGCUGUCGUUCUUGCUGUCAUUGGACUCUUCGUGUACAGGAAGAAGAAAGCCCAAUGUACUUCACUUCCUGGAAAAGAUCCAGGUGCCUCACAGCCGCUGAGAUCAGGUGAUGGAGGUUCUAGUACCUCAAGUGAGGCGUCCUACUGAACACAGUGAGUUGCUUCAUCUGUUCAACAAAACUG